AUGGCUAGGACAGUGUCUGAGACGAUCGUUCAAGCCAAGAUGGUCACGCAAUUUCCAGGUCACGUACGCUACGAUCGUGUAUUGCGUCAUGCGGUCAAGGGUGAAGUUAUGGACAUUUAUCAAGUCGUUGCAACGCCAGACGACUACAUACCACAGCAGGAGGAACCGUCGACGCCCUGGGUUCCAUCGUACACUAGUACGCCACUGUCCAAGACUCGCCCCAGUAAAGCACGUAUUCCGUCUCUACAUGAAUCCUGGAAUGAAGCAUUUGCAUACUUUAGACGACAGUCUGAUAAGAGCCUCGAUGACGAAGCGGACAUCUCAGCCACAUCGAUUGCGGACGCAUCCGUGCUGUCUGAUCCUGACCUGCCAGCUGAAUCGCCCAACAAACGAAAGGCCUCAUUGCGCUCUACAAGCCUGGACGGAGCAUCGACCUUGAAACCGGCGGACUACGAGUCAGACACUUGUCUCAAGCGUCAAAAGGUGGAGUCUUCCGGCCAUCUCCACAUGCUCACGACUUCUACGUCUACCGAGGUCAUCGAGCUGCAGAAGAAGUGCGCUGCGAUUGCACAGGACGUUGCCGCUAUGCGCAAACAACUCGGCCCACUCGGUCAACCUGUGAACGGCAGUGAUUAUGAUGUGUUGCGUUAUAGUGAGGAUGUUGUGCGUCGUUUGAGGGAAGCAGUCGGCUCGUCACGCCCCUCGACUCCAACAGUAUCUGCCACCAAGUUACCGCAGCCACAGGGCGAAGACCGACAGAGAUCUCCUAUUGAGAAAGAAAAGGCAGUCGUUUUACCUCCUACGCCUCCCACGGAACAACACGACUCACUGCUCCCCCGAUCACCUUCGCCAAUCUGUCUCACCAGCGAAUCUGAAGAGAGCGGCAGUAUUUCUUCAAACUCUGCCACCAAUGCCAGCGGUCUAGGUGCUCAGCAGCGCGGUCAUGGUGAUAGUGCAAAGCGGCACCGUCAUUCGAACGAGCUUUCUCAAGACGAGAUCCAGAGGAACUAUCGCGAGUUCGAGGCGGCUGCUAAACGCAGGCUGACGGAUCCCACGUACGCGCCCGUCAGCGAGGUGGGUGACAUGAACUUUGAACGCAUCUUUUUGGGCGACAGUGAGGCUGAGGAUCUGAGCCUAGGUGACACCAGUGGGUUGAGUGAGGAGAUGAGUGGAUUGGACAUGGAUGAGAAGUAG